GAGAGAGAGAGAGAGAGAAGCACCACUGCCUCUCCUCCACUCGAAUAGCCUACAUAUCUUGAGGCCUGGUUCCUAGUGCUCUCUGGACAGAAAACGCAUUACACCGCGGCAUUUUUUUUACAUAGAAUAACUAGGCUACUAUACGGAUACAUCCAAUAUAAAUUCAAUUGAAGACGGAUUUAUUUUGGGCGCACAACCCUCGCGAAUAAACGGAAGAUGGCAGUGACUACCUGUACACGUUUUACGGACGAUUUCCAACUAUACGAAGAACUCGGAAAGGGAGCGUUUUCAGUGGUGCGCCGCUGUGUCAAACUUUGUACCGGCCAGGAAUAUGCUGCCAAAAUCAUCAAUACUAAAAAGCUCUCAGCCAGAGAUCACCAGAAGCUGGAGAGGGAAGCCAGGAUCUGCAGAUUGCUCAAACACUCCAAUAUCGUUCGUCUCCAUGACAGCAUAUCAGAGGAGGGCUUCCACUAUCUUCUGUUUGACUUGGUGACAGGUGGAGAGCUGUUUGAGGACAUUGUGGCCAGAGAGUACUACAGUGAAGCAGAUGCCAGUCACUGCAUCCAGCAGAUCCUGGAGGCUGUGUUACACUGUCACCAGUCGGGUGUGGUACACAGAGAUCUCAAGCCAGAGAACCUCCUGCUGGCCAGUAAGUGUAAGAAUGCUGCAGUGAAGCUGGCUGACUUUGGAUUGGCCAUCGAGGUGCAGGGAGACCAACAGGCAUGGUUCGGUUUUGCAGGUACCCCAGGCUACCUAUCUCCAGAGGUACUGAGGAAGGAGGCUUAUGGUAAACCUGUAGACAUCUGGGCUUGUGGUGUGAUCUUGUACAUCCUGCUAGUGGGGUAUCCUCCAUUUUGGGAUGAGGACCAACACAAACUCUAUCAGCAAAUUAAAGCAGGAGCUUAUGACUUUCCGUCUCCAGAAUGGGACUCAGUGACUCCAGAAGCCAAGAACCUGAUUAACCAGAUGUUGACCAUUAACCCUGCCAAGAGGAUCACUGCCCAGGAGUCCCUCAAACACCCAUGGGUCUCCCAACGCUCCACCGUGGCGUCCAUGAUGCACAGACAGGAGACAGUGGAGUGCCUGAAGAAGUUCAACGCCCGGAGGAAACUCAAGGGAGCCGUCCUAACUGCUAUGCUGGUGACGAGGAAUUUCUCUGGUAAAUUCGGUAGACAGUCUACAUCUCCUGCGUCAAUCACUACUGUUCCUGCAACUGCUGCUGGGAUAGUGGAGCAAGCCAAGAGUCUCCUCAACAAGAAGGCUGACGUCAAGCCUAACAGCACGAGAAACAGCACAGUCACCAGCCCCAAGGGAACCCCCUCUGCUCCACUGGAGCCUCAGACCACUGUUAUCCAUGUGGAUAGGAACAAGGAUUCAUCUGACAGCAACACCACUAUUGAGGAUGAGGAUGUGAAACUGCGAAAACAGGAGAUUAUCAAGAUCACUGAGCAGCUGAUUGAAGCUGUCAACAAUGGAGACUUUGAGGCCUAUGCGAAGAUCUGUGACCCAUGUCUGACGUCAUUUGAGCCAGAGGCCCUGGGGAACCUAGUGGAGGGCAUGGACUUCCACCGGUUCUACUUCGACAACCUCCUGUCUAAGAACAGUAAGCCCAUCCAUACCACAAUCCUCAACCCUCACGUCCACCUGAUUGGUGAAGACGCCGCCUGCAUCGCCUACAUACGCCUCACGCAAUUCGUCGAUGGCACUGGCCGCCCAUGCUCCAGCCAAUCAGAGGAGACGAGGGUGUGGCAUCGCCGAGAGAGCAAGUGGCAGAAUGUUCACUUCCACUGCUCUGGAGCACCGGCCGCACCGCUGCAGCAGUGAACUGGAGGAGUGAAUGAGUGAGUGAGCGAGCGAGUGAGCGAAAGAGAGAGAGAGAAAGAGAGAGAGAGAGAGGAGGAUGGAGAGAGAGAGAGACAGGAAAGGAGGAUGGAGAGAGGAGAGGGAGAGGAGGAUGGAGAGAUGAAAGGAGGAUGGAGAGAGAGAGGGAUGGGAGAGGGAUGGAGAGAGAGAGAAAAUGAGGAUGGAGCGAGAGAGAGACAGGAAAGGAGGAUGAAGAGAGAGAGGAGAGGAGGAUAGAGAGAGAGAGAGAGAGAGUUGGAGAGUGAG